AUGACAACCCCCAAGGAUGAUCAUUGGGUAGCAACAAAGCGUGCGUUGCGUUAUGUGAAGGGCACCCCUGAUUAUGGACUUCUUUACACUAGGCGUCACGAUCCUAGACUCAGUGGUUUCACAGAUUCAGAUUGGGCAGGUUCGGUUGAUGACAGGAAAUCAACAUCUGGGUAUGUGUUUAAUUUGGGAUCCGGUGCAGUCACACGGACUAGUAAAAAGCAGCAGGUAGUGCCUCUCUCCUCGACAGAAGCAGAGUAUCGAGGAGCGGUUAAGGGAGUUCUCAAGCUUGUCAAGAAUCCUGUCUUCCAUGAAAGAACCAAGCAUGUGGAAACUCAUUGUCAUUUUAUUCGGAAGCUUGUUGAAGAUGGUUCAGUUCAGUUGCAGUAUGUUCCAACUGCGGAUUAG